AUCACGACUCUGGUUUGGACCUCUAACUUCCUCUUCUGUUGAGUUGGCUCGGUCGGUGUGAUAGUGACGUGUGCUAGCGAGGAGUCACUCAAAUUGCACAGGUUGCUAAUAUGAAGUUAGCCACCUUUGUUGCUGAUGAUAUAAAGUGAUUCGCUGUAGAGAGAUUAACGCGUAUACUGUCUUUAGUCGGUGUUUUAGAAGCAAUAAUGCCUGUCAUGGUCGGCGGAGGAGAAGGACGGACUGACAGAAAUGUGAUGUGCGUCCUUCUUCCGCUCGCCGCCGUGUUGUUGUUGUCGGUCGGAGUUGCUGCUUCUCCAGAGGAACAGAAACCUGUCCAAGAGCAGCCUCCGCAAGAGCAGAAAGCCUCAAGUCCCCAUCCUGUAGGUCCAGCAGUUUCUGAAGAUGACCCCAGCAAAGGGAACCUGGGCUUCAUCCAUGCCUUUGUGGCUUCUUUCUCCGUUAUCAUUGUAUCUGAGUUGGGAGACAAGACAUUUUUCAUUGCAGCUAUCAUGGCCAUGCGUUACAACCGCCUCACCGUGCUGGUAGGCGCCAUGCUGGCCCUGGGAGUCAUGACAUGUCUUUCUGUGCUGUUUGGCUACGCCACCACCAUCAUUCCUAGAAUCUACACAUACUAUGUGUCCACCGCUCUGUUUGCCAUCUUUGGUGUACGAAUGCUGAGAGAGGGGCUGAGAAUGAGUCCAGAUGAGGGCCAGGAGGAGCUGGAGGAGGUGCAGGCAGAGAUCAAGAAGAAGGAUGAAGAGCUCCAGCGGGCGAAGCUGGUUAACGGGGCUCCAGAUGUGGAGGCUGGAUCAGGUACUGCUCUGCCUCAGAGAAAGUGGCACAGCUUCAUCUCACCCAUCUUCAUCCAGGCCUUCACACUCACCUUCCUGGCAGAGUGGGGGGACCGCUCUCAGCUGACCACCAUUAUUCUAGCUGCCCGGGAGGAUCCAUUUGGAGUUGCUGUGGGUGGUACACUUGGACACUGUUUGUGCACAGGACUGGCUGUGAUAGGAGGGAGAAUGAUCGCCCAGAAAAUUUCUGUCAGAACAGUUACAAUCAUUGGAGGGAUUGUUUUUCUGGCGUUUGCCUUUUCUGCCCUCUUCAUCAAACCAGACGCUGGAUUAUAAUGGGAUGAAAGACUUUCAGGUUCACGCUGUACAUAAGUGUAAAAUUUGAUUUAGUUGCUGUAGAGAGACUGUAGUUUUGACUCUGUGUGUGUCCAACAGAAAGUGUGACCUGCUUAACAUACAGCUUAAGUCCUAUCCUCUUUUCCCAGAAAGCCUCGGUUCCACUACAGCCUGUAAGCCUGAGGGUGAACACUCAUAUAAAUUAUCUUCAUAGCGUUCAACAACCUUUCCCAGGAGUCUUAACCUAUAGCACACAGUCAGAGACUCAUGGGAGGUGUAGCUGUUGAAUGCUAACAAAAUAAUCAAUGUUUUAUAUUUAGUGAAAUGUCUUUAAAUUGUACUAUCAAGAUAAACAUUUAGCUUGGACCAGAAAACCCCAGGAACAUGUUUCAACUUUUCAGAAAUCCUCUGAGAAAAAUCUGUUGAAUCACAUCGACUAGUGGAGCAGAGGCUAGUUAGGAGAGGAGGAGGGAGGGGGGCAGGAUCGUGACUCUAGAAGAGCUGUAAUCUCAUCACAAGGUGUGUGAGAGAAAGAGGACCUGGAUUGUUUCUGAUCGCUGCCCUCCGACACAACUUAGAAGCUCUGUUUCUCAGAAACAAAACCUCCUGACAUGCAGUACUUCCCACACACUGAGUCAGUUUCAAAUGUCCUUUCUUUGCCUUUUUUUUUAUUUUUCUUUUUAAAUGUUGAGCUGUUGAUUUUUGCUUAUUUAACAUGAACCCAGGUGCUGUCAGGUGACUUGACUUGACAGAAUACUAACAGUAGACGGAGCUGCCAGUUUCCUCCAGCAUACAGCUGUUGAGUCUGGUAGUACACAGCUGUUUAUUCCACCUUCCUCUCUGAUGACACUUUUUGUCACAGCACAUAAAAAUCUUAAGAAGUGGGCCUACUUUACUUAAGAUGUGACUUUCCCAAUAGAAAAAAAAACCCUUAUUUGUAACUGAAAACAAACCAACAGCACAUAAUUGAUAUUUUUUUGUGAUCUGAUUUAAGUUGAGAUUUUAUUUGAGGCAGAGACAUAAUCAAAAUAUUUCCCUUAGUUAUUCCUCUGUUCCACUGGCGAUACAUAGAAGUUUUUUUUUUUUAAAGGCGAUAGAGACCUGAACCACUACAACAUCUGUCUAGGUGUUGCUAUACUUGAGCAGAGAGCUACACCACAGCUUAUCCAUAGCUUAUGUGCAUCUCUUCAAAAUGCUAGUCAUAUAUGGGAGAUAUUCAGUCACUGCCAAAGCUGUGGCUCAUUAUAUUUCCUCCCUUUCGGUGCCGAUUGUGAACACAGCAUGGAUCAGGUUGAAAAAAAGGCCAGUAAAUCACCUCACAGAUUCUCCCACACAGGUUAAAUCUUCCUCAGUGAUCUACCUAAGCCAUUUCCAGUAUAAACCUCUUUUCUCCAUUUGUUACUGGCGCCAAAUCACUAAAUCAAUGUGACAGAAUGUAAACUUGACUACAUCCGGUACAGAAUCACAUAUGUCACUCCUUUUUGCCGUAAGCAGCUCUGGUGUAGCUACAGCAGUGACACCUCAACACUUUCAUCUUUUAUUUAAGCAGUAUCUAUUUAUUUAGCUUCAUUUCUCUUUCCUUUUUAAGCGUAUGUACUUUAAACACAGAAGGGGGGGGGGGGGAGGUCAAUAUAAACACGGAAUGGAAAUAUUUUUUUAAGUGAACAGGCUAAAGCCGCAUUGUCAAUAUUUGACAGGCUGUGCCCAGCUGUGAAAUACAUCAGAAUUCUGUUUGUGAUACAGAUCAGUUGAAAUGCCGAUAAAUCUAAAAUGCUCAAUAAAAAAAAAAUCAUGUGUUGUUUGA